UAGUCAAUUGUUCAACCAAACACACAAAAUGUUCAGCAAAAUCUUAGCCUUUGGUGCCAUGCUGGCUGCAGCUAAUGCUGGUCUUCUGCACGGACACGCUCCCGCCAUCUCUUCACAGAGCAUCAUUCGCCACGACGAGGGUCAUUACUCCGCCCCUAUCGCCUACGCCGCUCAUCUGGGUCACGGCGCCCCUCUGGCUCACGCCGCUCCCUUGGCUCACGCCGCCCCCAUCGCAUACGCUGCAUACGCUGCCCCUGCCGCCCAUUACGAUGGACAUGAUGAAUAUGCUCACCCCAAAUACGACUUCUCGUACUCAGUAGCCGACCCCCACACCGGUGACCACAAGUCCCAGCACGAGAGCCGCGACGGUGACGCCGUGCACGGAUACUACUCCCUGGUGCAGCCCGAUGGCUCCGUCCGCAAGGUCGAAUACACCGCUGAUGCUCACAAUGGUUUCAACGCCGUGGUGCACAACUCUGCUCCCUCCGUACAUGUCGAACCCGCCCACGCCUACCACCAUUACUAACUUUUCAAAUUUAAAAUAUAAAUUAUAGUCUACGUGUUUUAAAAAAAUGAAUAGUGACAUUUCUAUAAUAAUUUAUAUUUUUGUAAAUAUGAAUGCAUGUAAAUAAAGUGUGGAUGAUAAAUUA